CACGGCAGGCGCAGGGCUGGGAAAGGCGUGGCGGGAGCUGCGGAGCAGUUUGUUGGUGCUGGCAGCUCAAUGCCGCCGCGGGCCCGGGCCCGUUCCAGGGCUGUUCCUCAGCUCCGGCUCUGCCCUCAGGCAGCGCGGGGGGCGCGGAGAGCGCGGGGCGAGGCUGUGCCGCGUGCAGAGCCCGCCCGUGGCUGCGAUUGGGCGGCGGUGGCGUCAGUCGUGGGUGCGGCGCGCUGAUUGGCGGGAGCGGGGCGGAGGCGGGCCCCGGCGGCGGGCCUCGGGCGGCGGUGGCGCAGCAGCGGCGGCAUUGGCGGAGCGCGUGUGCGGGCCCGGGAGCGGCGGCAGCGGCCGGAGCCCGGGGAGGCGGCGGCGGAGCUCGGAGGCGGCCCCGGCGCAGGAGUUUUCAUUCUCAGGGUGUGGCUGGAUGGAGGAGGAGGAAAAACCCUGGAGAUUCCGUACGAGGAGGGGCUGCAAACCCAGCCCAGGUAUCUGCGGGGAGGAAAGAGCCCCCCUGAGCCAGGAAGGCAGCCAGAGAUCCAGGCAGAGCUCAGAGCUGGUGGAGAAGCCUCAUGGCAGGGAGAAGCCCCACAAGUGCUUGGAAUGUGAGAAGCGUUUCAGCCGGAGCUCAGAUCUGAACUACCACCAGAGGAUCCACAGUGGAGAGAAGCCCUACAAGUGUGGGAAAUGUGGGAAGAGCUUCAGCCGGAGCACCACCCUGUUGCAGCACCAGGUGAUCCACACUGGGGAACGGCCCUACACCUGCUUGGAAUGUGGGAAAAGCUUUGGAUGGAGCUCCGCCCUGAGAGGACACCAGCGCAUCCACUCUGGGGAGAGGCCCUACGAGUGUCCCCAGUGUGGGAAGAGGUUUCACAGCAGCUCCGAUCUCCUCAAACAUGAGCGGAUUCACACAGAGGAGAGGCCCUUCCGCUGCCCCGACUGCGGGAAGGGCUUCAAGGAAAACUCCACCCUCACCAAGCACCGGCGCAUCCACACCGGGGAGAGGCCCUACGAGUGUGGGGAGUGUGGGAAGAGCUUCUCCACGAGCUCUCACUUGAACAGACACCAACGAAGGCGCCACUAAGGGAAGCCCUGUGAGUGCCCCGAGUGCAGGAAGAGCUUUGUGCGCUGCUCCAGCUCCAUCCCCCAUGGGAGGAUCCGUGUUGGAUGAUCCCCAGUGACCCCCGAUGGGCAGAGCCCUGGUGACCCCUUAUGGGGAAUAAAACAGAGAGUAAACAAUGGAGCUGAUACAGGGGCCUGAUAUCUGAGGCCUGAUGGAGCAGAAACUGUGGGAGAUACAGACACAGAUAAAGGGUCCUUGGGCAAGAGGUGACCAAGAAACAUGUGAGACUUUGUGAUAAGAUGAUGUUAUCAGGUGAUGUGAUGUCAUGAACAAUGUGUAACCAAUGGGAAAUUGUUACCAAAAAUAGAGCCCUAUAUAAGCACCAUACAAGUCAAACUCCUUUUAUACUCAAUAAAAUUGGCUUCUGAUGUAAAUUCA